AUGAGUUAAGUUAAAAAAGAUAAUCCAUAAUAAUCUGAUUAUGAGUAAUCUCGAAUUGGAGUGGCAUUUGGAGAUGAUUUUGAAAAAGGUCCAGUUUCAUUUAGGUAAUAAUUCUUGUAUCUAAUUGAGAGCUGAAAUUCAUUUUAAUGAAAAAAAGGCAAUGGAAUAAUUUGAUAAGCUCAAGAAUAUAGUUGGAGAUUAAAUUGAUAUUGAUUGGUCACUAGUUUGUUUUCUAAGAUAUUAACCUGGUAAAAAGGAAGCAUUGAUUGAAUCCAUAACAAAAAUAAAGGAUAGACGUAAAAGUUAUAUUAAAAUCAUUAGCUCGUUUUGAGGCAUUUGAAUGUAAAAUCCAUUCAGAUGAAACCUAUGUUUAUUUUUCUGUUAAACUUAGAGAAGAUGAAGAAAGUAAAUUAAAAGGAAGUCUUGAGGUGAUUUUAGAAAAUGGUAAUUAAUUUUUAGUAAAUUAAAGGAUUAAGAGAAAUGGUAAAGGAUUAAGAUAAUUGUUUAAAAAUUGAAUUUGAUGCAAAUUAUGAUUUUUAAUAAUUAGUAGAAGCUGUUUCUAAAGGAGAGAGAGUUGGAGCAGCCUUUUUGAGAUAAAUUAGGUAAACAAUAUUAAUUAAAAGAAAGAGCUGAAUUGAAUUUAUUUUUGGAAAAGAACUUUUAUUAAGGAAUAGAAAAAUUUGUUGGAGGAAUUGAUAAAGAAGCAUUAGAAUCUCCUCCUUUGGCAUUUCUAAAACAUUUUAAGAAUUUAGAUAUGGAUUUAAGAUUUAGAUCAACUGAUGAAUUACCAUAAGUUAUCAAGAAUUAGAUGAUUUUUGGAGAAGAAUUUUAAACAUUAGCCUAAGAAGAAUUAUAAUUACCUAUAAAUCGUACAAAAUAAGUCAAUGCUAUUAUGGAAGUAUUUAAUAAUCAAUUACUUAGGCAGCUGCUGAUAAUGGAUUUGUUUAUUUCACUAUUUCAGAUUUAUGUGCUGUUAAAAUAGAAUCACAUACACCUAAAUUAUCAACUUUUUUAACAAAAUAUGGAAAAUACUUAGCUAAAAUUGUAGGAUUAGGAGAGUUUGUUCCAGAAGUAUGA